AUGACGACUCAUAACCUUUACACCACCGACGGCGCAAUUGAGGAUUUCUUCAACUCCAACCCUGCUGUCACAAGACAGCAAUGCGAUGAGUUCGCCAUUUCUCAUGCUGGUGGCGUGUCCACUGCUUUACAGAUGCAAGGAGUGUGUAGCUAUACCGUGACAGCGGGGCCCAACGCGUCUAAGCUCUUCCAGUUUCGCGAUGAGAACUCUACCAUUGAUAUGAGGAACAUCGGCCUCGCUAAAGCAAUCCAUUCCGAGUUCGUAGCUAGUUGCGAAUAUCUCGGAAUCAUUGGCAAUUCACAGCCGCUCCAUAUAUACGAGAUGGACAAACUCCCUGGGACUCCUCAUAUUAUGGCGCAUAUCUCACCAGACGACAUGUCUCAGAAUAGUAACGCUAUCAGAGAUCUUGCAAGAUUCUUUGCACAGUCAUGGAACAACGACCAACGGCCAAGCUCAGAUGAAACCGCUGUCUUGCUCGCAGAGUUUGAAACAAAUUUUGGUCUACUUGCUCGAGACCUGCCCUCUCGCUUUGCACCAAACCUAGAAAGGGUUCGCCUGGUUCUCCCGUCGCUCUUCUCCAAAGCCCUGCCUUUUGUCCUCAGUCACCGGGACCUUAAUACCAUGAAUAUCCUCACCAAUACCGAAACUGGAAAUAUCACAGGCAUUGUCGACUGGGCCGAAUCCAGAAUUCUACCGUUCGGCUUUGCUUUAUACGGACUUGAGAAUGUUUUUGGCCAGAUGGAUUCAGAAGGGUGGCACUACUACGAUCGCUACCACGAAAUGGAGAGACUCUUCUGGCAAAGAUUUCGGGAGGAGGCUAGGAAUUUCUCUGAUGCUGAUUUGUCUUUGAUCCGCGCUGCGAGAAUGGCUGGACUCUUCUACCAGUAUGGAUUUCAUUUUGACAUUAAGGGUGUAGUUCGGCGGGUUCGAGUAGAGGAGUCGGAUGGCUCCCUUGCAUAUCUUGAUGCUUUCUGUACUGCUGAUGAGUGGAGUCCUUUUGAGUAA